UCAACUUUAAUUUCAACGAAACGAAAAUACAAACCAACAAACAAACGAAAUCGAAACAAACCGAAAAACCAAACAACCAAACUGGUUAAAGCUUGCAUGUAGUCCUUAGAACCACGUAGUAAACGAUAAGGAAACUAUAUAGAAACGAGAAAAACGAAAAUAUAGGGAACCAGGAAUCGGGAAGAAGUUGCAGCUAAUUUCUGGUUCGUAUAACUCCAUUAGAAGGCGAUUAGCAUAUUGAAGGACGAGCGAGAGAAGAGCGGGACGAACCCGCCGUUGUGGCUGAAGUGCCAACGAUAAUUCAAUCAAAGGGCAGGCAGCACGAGGAGAAAGUUGCCUGGGGAAACUGCUUCUGUAAAAGAAACUAGAAAACUUCAUCAAAACACUCGGAUAAAGUGGAAAACGUGUGCGUGCGCGUGUGAAAAACUUUUUAGCAGCUGGCCGAGUGUUUUAAUUUCGAUAGAAAGAAAGUUCCGCUAGUCAGCUGUCCAUGACCAUGGACCAACAUCACCAACACCAACGCCAUCGACAUCUCAGCAUGUGGUCGACAUUCGCGGUCUGCCUGCUGCUCCUUCAGGCCACCACCAGCACGAUGGCCAUCGAUUUGAGCCGUUUGUACGGACACAUGGCCAAUCCCAUUGUGAAGCGUAGCGAAGCCUGUCAUCCGUACGAACCCUUCAAGUGUCCCGGAGAUGGUAAUUGCAUUUCCAUCCAAUAUUUAUGCGACGGUGCACCCGAUUGCUCUGAUGGAUAUGACGAGGAUAUGCGUCUGUGCACGGCGGCCAAAAGGCCGCCGGUCGAGGAGACAGCGUCCUUCCUUCAGAGCCUGAUCGCCUCGCACGGACCCAAUUACCUGGAGAAACUUUUCGGCAGCAAGGCACGUGAUGCCCUUUCACCUCUGGGCGGUGUGGACAAGGUCGCCAUCGCUUUGAGUGAGUCGCAAACGAUUGAGGACUUUGGCGCUGCCCUUCAUCUAAUGAGAUCGGACUUGGAACACUUGCGCUCGGUUUUCAUGGCGGUGGAGAACGGGGAUCUUGGCAUGUUAAAGUCGCUGGGCAUCAAGGAUUCGGAGCUGGGCGAUGUGAAGUUCUUCUUGGAGAAGCUGGUCAACACCGGCUUCCUCGACUGAGUAGCGCCAGAUCCGGCUUCUGGAUUUUAUUAUGCACACGCACAGCCCAUCAAUCCUAAUUUCUAUUCGUAUUUGGGCACGCCCUACGAUAAUUACAAUUAUUAAAUGCGAAUUACACACAUCCACACAUACCUACACUCAUCAUCCGCUGACAAAAACACACACACACACAAACACCCCAGUUCAUUUCAGCCAAAAGAUAUUUUCUCAAACUCUAUUUUUGGGUAUAAUUUUGCUUUCCAAAACCUUCUUACCCAAUCUUUAAGUUGAUUUAUUUUCGUUUUUCAAACACUUUUAUAAAAAAAAAAACAAAAUCAAGCAAACCAAAAACUUAAAAAAAAUUGCAAAAGAUCACGAAAAAGCUACAAAAAAAUAAUGGCGAAGAGAAAAUACAUAUACAAGAACAACCAAAAUUUCGAUAACAAAUCGGCUGCUAUCAAACGAAAAACAAAUCUCAAGCUUUCUCCCAAGUUUCUGCGCUCUUUCUUAGACUUUCUUUAUGUGUUGCGUUUCUAUCGCGAUCUAUAUAUUUUUUUGAGAAAAUCUAUGCGCAAAUUUCAGAACAUUGCAGAAAAAAACUUCAUAAAACUAGGAAAAAUAAAAUGUGGAAGCAGGAUCGUUUGGCAAAAUACUAAAAAAGUGAAAGAAAAAAGUAAAACAAAUAACAAAACAAAAAAAAAAAAAACGAAAAUAUAUCAGUGUUUAUAUAACGAACUUUUUCUGAAACAUAUAUAUGUAUACGGAUAUUGAACAUUUUUAUUGAUGUAUAUGUAAAGUGUUUCAAGGCUUCUUAGAUCCGUCACUUAUGGUAUUCAAAACUAAAGUCCCUACAAAAACAAUGUAUGCAAAUCGGCAACCGAGGCUAUCAGUAAAGAACCUUCCAACCAUUUUCUUACGUACUUACCCGUACACUUAUCUUCUUUCGAUAACCGUCUAUUUAUUAUAAACUAUAAAAAUAUUGAAUAUUUGUUUAGUUUUAGUCAGUAAAUGUAGAGAAAGCCCUGCAGCUAUUGUUGUUUCCAGUAGAAGAAGAACUUCAAUGUUUCAAAUACAACAGAGAAAUUAAUUAAUAAACUAGGCACACGUUAUAGUAACUAAAAUAUCUAUGUCGAGCUAUUGUGCAGCAGUUGAAGAAUUGGUUCUGAGUUGCAUAAUUCACGGAACGUUUUGAGUGUCUAAAAAAUAUCAAUGAGAGAACUCAAGUUAUAUAUUCAAAACAAAUAGUUGUAAAGCCUAACCUUUAUUUCAAAAUAAUACACACAACAUUACUCAAUUUUCAACAUAUAUAUUUCUUAGACGAAAAAAACACACAAAAGCAAAUUGUAACCAAAAUGAGAUUCUCACGUUUUGGGGGCCAAUUUUGAUUGCCAGAGAACAAAAACUGACCCAAACAAUUUGGAAUAUUAUCUAGGCAGAUAUUAAAAUUGGCUCUCAAAACACAUAAACACCUUACUACCUAGUCUAAGAAUUCUCUAAUUCAAACAUUCUUUAAACGGAGCACGGAAUUGUUGACCAGAUAGUGUGACAAGUAACUAAAACGAAUAGAAAUCAGAGGAGAAAUUAAAAACCCAACGUUAAAGGCAAUUUCUUAAGAUUAAACCGAAAAUUUAAUGGAGUUAUAAGUACCUUGAAUUAGCUGAUAGAUCAUACAACAACUACAGCAGAAGUAAACUAUAAUUAUUUAUUUGAAAAAAAAAAAAACAAACAUUUUAAUUAUAUAGUCGUCUAUUUAAAAUAUAAUUAUGAAAAAUAUUUAUUCGAAGAAACUUAAACAAGUCAAGAGUAAUAUUAAAUGAAUGACUAUGAACAGAAACUGAUCCAUUGAAUUAUAUAUAUAUAUAUAUGUAUAUGAUAAAAAGAGGAUGUGAGGUAAUUCCCCAUGUAAAUAAAGGAGACAAACUACGAAUUCCAUAAUCGAUGCAAAUGAAAUGGAUAAACCAAACACGAAAAUUAAAAACAACAAAGUGAUAAUUUGUUUUUGCGUUCCAUCAAAACAUAUUCGCCUGUACAUUUUAAAUAAUUUUAAUAUCUACAAAAACUAUAAAAAUCUAAAAAAAAAAAACGUUUUUUUCCUUGUGAAUAUUUUUUUAGAUUUUAAUAUACAAAUGCUAUAUACAAAACAUAGACAUCUUUUAAUUAUAAGCCACAAAACUUAUAUCGCAUACAUAUCAGCAGAUCUCUUGCUAAAGAAGAAACAAAACUGCAAAAGUUACAAACACACAAGAAUCUAUGAAAUACAAAAUAUAUGCAACAUAUCAAUUAACAAAAACAUAUCAAAUAUGAAGACGAAAAGAAAGUUGAAAAUUAAAUAACUUUAAGAAAAUUAUAUAUAAACAAAUUUAUAGCUAAUCACACCAAGGGAAAUUUUGUAACUUUUGUUUGAUUGUUUUCUGUUUUUCUUUAUUAGAAUCCAUUUAUAUAAAUUGUUACUUGUUUCAGGGUUUUAAUACCAAAACUGACCCAUUGAACUCUUAAAACGCUGAAACAAUUUUACAAUGCUGAACAACACAUUUUUAUAUAACAAAAUAAUAUACAAGCUUUGUUAAAUGUUAUUUGACGUUAAUUUUAUUUUAAAUUUAUUUUAAACGGUUAUUUAAGUUGCUAGACGAAUUACGAAAUAUCAAAACCACCAGAAACAAAAUACACAAGAAAUAGUUGAAACAUAUUUAAAUGAAACGAGUAAACAAAACAUAUCAGUUACUGAAAAUAAACGUAGCGAACAAAAUACUCCAGCAAUAAGAGAAAAAUUGCUCUUCAAAAAUCAAACAAAAAAAACUAUAUGCAAAUCCAAAACAACAUUUAAAGUUUGAAUUAAAUACAGAUGAACAAAUUGGAGUUUUAUGAAGAAAAACACACUACAAGCUAAACUAGUCUAUGUGUAAAUGCAUUAUAAUUAGAAUUGCAGAAAACCAUACAGAAAAAGACGAAACGAAAAUUUAAAUAAAAUUUUUAACAUUCCAA